AGGUGCGUCGUGGCUCGUUUUGCAUUCGAGGGGGAGGAGGGGGAGCUGUCCUUCACUGAGGGUGAUGUCAUCACUCUAAUGGAAUAUGUAAAUGAGGAGUGGGGGCGUGGCCUCCUGAACGGACAGACGGGGAUCUUCCCUCUCAGCUUCAUCCAGGCUAUAGAGGAAACUGAAGCGUUGCCAAGGAAACCGGCUCUGGAAUCUCCUGCGCCCCCUGCAGGAGCGAGAAUCAGAGGACGAGCACUUUAUGAUUUCACUCCUGAGUGUGAGGACGAGCUCUGUCUGAAGGCAGGAGAUGUGGUGUGUGGUUUGGAGGACAUGGAUGCUGAGUGGUUCCUCGGAGAAUCCGGAGGGAAACGUGGCAUCAUUCCCAAAAACUACAUCCAAGUGCUGCUGGACCCCUGAACACACGGGCUGUCCUGUCAUGUGCCUGAUGAGCGUUUCUGCAUUUGCCUUAAUUAGAUGUAAUACAGUUAAAGGAGGUUAGUGAGGGGAUCUCCUGUACUGUACUGACAUGUGUGUGUGUGUGUGUGUGUAUGUGGCCAGAUGAACUUGUUUACAGUUUUAACCCACAUUAAACUGAUCAGUUAUUAAGCAUUGUUCU